UCUCGACUAACCGGAUCCAGCGCAGAACACGACUGCAGCAAAAGAGUGAACUUUUUCCUUCGAUUUGUCGCACUCCGGAGCGAGCUCGUUUCUGGCGGGAAGGAGCAGGAGGAAGAGGCGGAGGCAACGUCGGAGUUGGGAACAUGGGAUCCGAAGCUCCGGUUCCGAAAUGGGGUUCGAAGCCUUGCAUCAUGGGCAUCGACGAAGCGGGCCGUGGCCCUGUUCUUGGUCCCAUGGUGUACGGGUGCUUGUACUGUGCUCGAUCGUAUCAGAAGACACUCUCCACUCUCAACUUCGCAGAUUCGAAGACAUUAAAAGAAGAGAAGAGGGAGGAAUUAUUUGAAAAUCUAAAGGCUGAUGAAUCAAUUGGCUGGGCUGUUGAUGUCAUAGACCCACGAGAGCUUUCAUCUAAAAUGCUAAGGAAAAAUAAGAUCAAUCUCAAUGAAAUAUCACAUGACUCUGCAAUGGGACUUGUCUCCAGGGUGCUCAAUAUGGGUGUUCUUCUAACCGAGGUUUAUGUUGAUACUGUCGGAGAUGCUGAAAAAUAUAGAGUAAAGCUUUCUGAAAGAUUUCCAGGGGUCAAAUUUGUGGUUGCAAAGAAGGCUGAUAGUCUUUAUCCAGUUGUUAGUGGAGCAAGCAUAGUCGCAAAAGUCACGAGAGACAGAGCCUUGCGUGGAUGGUUGCUUGAGGAAACAGCUGAAAACAUGCAUAAGGAGUUUGGUUCCGGAUAUCCUGGAGACCCCGAAACGAAGGCAUGGUUGGAACAACAUAAACACUCGGUUUUUGGGUUCCCAAGUCUCGUCCGCUUCAGUUGGGCUACAUGCACGGCAUACUACAAGGAGUUUGUUGAAGUCGCAUGGGAAUCUGAUCAAGUGGAUGAAGAUGAUUUCAAUGGAAGUAAUGGCAAGAGACAGGUGAAGCUGAGCAGUCUUGGUUUUACAUCGAAGAGGAAGAUAGAAGAGACAGAAUCAAGUGGCAGAGGUCGCUGCAAAUUCUUUCAAAGCCGAAAACUCCAGCAACUCACUCACUUCUGAGAAAGGCUGAUGACUAUCGUGAGGACAACUGAGGUUCCUUUGGUUAGAUAUGUUUGUUUUGCAGCGGCAAGUCAACUUGAUGAGUAAGAAAGUGA